AUGAGUCUGAUUUCCAAAACCUUCCCCGUGAUCUCCCAAUUUUUACUCUCUCUCACCAGUGUUGAUCAUGUUCUCAUUCAUUCGUGUCUCUACAUGAACAGGUAUUGAAAACUAGCCCACAAAGUAGAAGCCAGAAAAGCAAUUAUUGGCGGGUUUGGCAGCUUAUCAUCUUUCUCAACUUCUUCCACUUCAAGCAUACAAAUAAGGGCUGAGAUUUUUGUUUUCAACAUUUCAAGAGUCUUGCUGUUCUCAAGUUCUUCGAGAUAACUUGGCCUGAUUUCAAGGUAAGGGAGUUCACUAGAAAUUAACAAUGGAGGCGCUUGGGAAUUUGGCAUUAGACAGAGGAAGGAGGUACGUGAAUUUGGAUGAUAAUCUUUGGUCGCUCGAAACCAAGUUGCGAAGAUUAGUCGGCAGAAAAACUGACCUCGAGUCGCAAGUGACAGAUGCAGAAAGAUCAGGUACUAAGAAAAGGAAAAGGGAGGUUGAGAUUUGGUUUGAGGAGGUAGCAACAGUAGAAAAUGAAUUUCGUGCAUUGAAAAAGAGCAUACAAGAGGGUGGAUUUCUAGAAAAUGCAAUUAGCAGUGGGGAUAGAGUGGCGAAAAUGGAUGCAAUUGUAGAGCAAUUGAUGGAGCAAAGUAAUCAUUUUGAUGGGCUUUUGCUUGAGGCUUUUGAGAACAGAGGUGAGCCACGAGUGACAACAAAAUUAUUUGGAGAAAUGUUUGACAGAGGUUUGAAAGCAAUCUGGGCGUGGUUGGUCAUUGAUAGCAUCUCAAACAUUGGGAUUUACGGAAUGGGAGGUGUGGGUAAGACUACAUUGGCGAAACACAUCCAUAAUCAUCUCCUUAAUAGAACUCAAUUCAAGGUUUAUUGGAUUACUGUCUCUCAAGAAUUUAGCAUCAAAAAGCUGCAAGAUAACAUUGCUAAACGCCUAAGGCUUGAUCUGUCAUACGAGGAUGAUGAGGAUAGCAGGGCAGCCAUUUUGUCCAGGGCAUUGGUGAAGCAGUCUGUCCUCAUACUCGAUGAUGUUUGGCAAGAAUUUUCUUUUGAAAAGAUUGGAAUUCCCCUUGGUGCAAACAAAUGCAGAGUGAUCUUGACUACUCGGUCACUGGUAUUAUGCAACAGGAUUAGCUGUCAAAGGGUAUUUGAAGCUAAAACUUUGGCUACAAAUGAAGCUUGGGAUUUGUUCAAACAUACACUUGACCCUAAGACAGUGCUUCAUGAAGAGGUGGAAGAAAUUGCCAAGUCCGUUGCGAAAAGGUGUUCUGGUUUGCCUCUUGGUAUUGUCACAGUGGCUGGGAGCAUGAGAGGUGUGAACGAGAUGUGCGACUGGAGAAACGCAUUGAAACAAUUGAAAGCAUGUUCAGUAGGGCAUGAUGAGAUGGAACGAGAUGUGUUUCCAAUCCUAGAAUGGAGUUUCAAUCGGUUGAAUGAAUGUCAAAGGAAUUGCUUCUUGUAUUGCUCUCUUUAUCCGGAAGAUUAUAAAAUAAAAAGAGAGGAACUAAUAGACCUGUUUAUUUGGGCAGAGCUGAUGUCAAAACGGGGCUCAAGGUCAAAAGCAUUUGAUGAAGGUCAAACAAUAUUAAACAAACUGAUAAGACUUUGCUUGCUGGAAGAAACUAAAGAUUUCAAAGGGGAUGACUGUGUGAAGAUGCAUGAUUUGGUCAGAGAUAUGGCAUUAAGGAUCACGCAUGGAAACUCCAAACCAGAGAGCAGCAGAGAUGAUGUACCACGAUUCUUGGUGAAAAGCUUAGGACAGGAAGAUUCACAAGCAACAGCACUGGAACAAGAAGAGUGGACACAAGAUCUCCGUGCAGUUUCCUUCUAUGCACAAUGUGUUUUUAGAAUAAUAGAAAUUCCACCAGCCUGGUCACCAAAUUGUCCUAAGCUCUCAACCUUGCUUCUUUCUGAUGUUUUCAUAAAAGAAAUCCCAGAUUCAUUCUUUCAGCACAUGUGUGGACUUAAAGUUUUGAAUCUAUCUCGGUGCGGAGGUAUAACAGAGUUGCCUAAUUCUGUUUCAAACUUGGUGGAUCUCACUGCUUUGAUUUUGGGGAGUUGUGGGGGGGUCCGAUCUAUGCCACCAUUGGGAAAGCUCAAGCAAAUGAGGGAUUUGGACCUAUCCUCCACUCAGAUUCGGAAUUUGCCUCAAGAUUUGGAGUCAUUGGUUAAUCUCGAAAGGCUCAACUUGAAGGAUUGUAUACACCUCCGAUCCGUGCCACCACUGGGAAAACUCAAGCAAUUGAGGGAUUUGGACCUAUCCAAAACUAAGAUUGAGGAUUUGCCUCAAGGUUGGGAGUCACUGGUCAACCUCGAAAGGCUUAACUUGAACCAGUGUUGGGCUAUAAGUCAAAAGAUAAUAAUACCACAAGGGACAUUUUUCCAAUUUCACCGUCUUCAACUGUUAUUAUUGCCAUCCUAUGGUAGGGUACAAGUUAACGAUCCAGAAGUGUUGAACCAAUUAGAAGGUUUUAUAGGAUGUUUGUCUUUUAUGGAUUUCUAUAAAAUUAUUCGGUGGCCAAAAUACUAUAAUAAUGUUUAUAUCAAUGACAUCUUAAAUGAGGAUCCGAGUUUUGUUAAUGAAGUGCGGGGGUUCCCGAAGAAACAACUGCAUUUCCAUCAGUGUAAGCUUGGUAGAGGAUCGAACUAUCUGCCAGAUGAUAUGGAAAGUCUGAUAAUCGAGGAUUGUGAGGGCAUGGGCAUUAGGUGCUUGUCAGAUGUUUUUAAGAAUUUUAUAAAUUUAAGCCACUUAUCUAGAUUGGAUAUUAAGGAUUUGGUUGGAGUAGAGUUCCUCUGGCAAUUGUCCUCUGCUUCUCCAUGUGAUCAGUUGAAAGUCUCGUCUUUUAGUCCACUCUGUGGUCCUAAAAUUCUAACCCUCUACAGGUUGCCAAAUCUGGUUGGUCUUUUUUACGGAGAAUCAGAACCAUAUUUGCUUCCAGCUGGCACCUUUUCUUCCCUUAGAGAAUUGUGGAUUUCUGGAUGUCACAACAUGAAGCAGCUAUUCACAGUGCAGUUGCUGCAGAACCUUCAAAAUCUUGAAGAAUUAGACGUUACCAAUUGUGACUACCUUGAGGAGAUAGCAGCAGAUGACGAUGGAGUAGGACAAGGAGGAGGAGAAGGCAUCCAAUUGACUUCAAGUGAAGCCACCGCCACUGUCGUCCUUCCGAAAUUGGGGUGGUUGGGUCUGGAAAACCUACCACAACUAAAGAACAUUUGCAAGGCAGCCAUGAUCUGCAAAUCAAUCUGGUCCAUUAAUAUAUUGGAUUGUCGAAAUUUAAAGAGGCUGCCUUGGUUUCUUUCCACCAUCGACGGACCACCAUCUCCACCCAGCACUCUAGAGAUCAUAGGAGAAAAAGAAUGGUGGGAAUCAUUAGAGUGGGACAAUUCUUACCCAAAAGAUGCCCUUGACCCACUUUUUAGUGCAUGGUGAUGAAGUUCGAACUGGGUGUUGAAGGCUACCUAUUUGAUCAAAAUCAUGAUUGGUUCUCAUGUAUGUGAUUCCUCCCUUACCUCUAGUCUUGUCUUAACAAGUAUCCGCUUUCUUUGACAUUUUCCAAAAUAUGAUCUACUUCUCCACUAGUGUAGAUUUCCUAUUGUGUAGGAAUCAAUAUUAGCUAUUUCGAUGUUGCGGUGCAGACCUACCAACACCCUUUCUUCAAUUAAUUUACGUGGUUUACUAUAUAUAUAUUCUUUUUCUUUUUCUUUUUUGGUUUUGACGUUUUUGAUGGGAAAAUGGAUUUAAGUACAUUAUUUUCUCUCUCUUUCUUUCUUCUUAUUUAUUUUUGAGUUCAAAUGUGAUUAUAAAUUUCUUUUUUCAUUUUAUGCUGUGGAAUAUUCUCUGUCUUUCCCUUUUUCUGGAGAGGCUCAAGUUUUCCUUUGCCGACUACCUUUCCGAUGGAGACGAAUUGCUAACUGCACCCUUUUCUUGUAAUCAUUGAUAUAAUCUAGUUCAUUUCUGAGUUUAGUGUCUUUAUUAAUAUACUCUGUGAAUGAACUGAUCUCUAUGUUCUUUUCUUUUUUUCA